UCGACUUCACCCUCGUGAAGUGAGAUGUUAGCGCUCGAGCCAUCAGCUGGCGGUGACACGGACACAGCUCACCACUCCUCGCCCUCAUCCCUCCCUUCAAACCCUCUCAUCAGCCGAAUGAGGGGACUCGGAAAGAAAAGCCAAGUGAGUGAAAGAAAGAAAUAGGCAGGGAAGGAGAGAAGAGUGCUCCAUGGUCACUCGCCCAUUGGAAGCACAUUUUGGAUUCGACUUUUUCUUGGAGGGGACUUGAGAGAAGAAACAAGCGUUUGUUGGCGUGCCAAAGGCGAACAGCCAUGCACCUGAAUCGGGAGGACGAGGACGGAAAAGGUUCUUUGUCUCUGAGUGUGUUCCUGGUAUCGGUGGGUUUAACGGUGUGUGUCGUGUGGCUGGUGGCGCUAUGCGGGGUCUGUGGAUGGUGUCAGCGCAAAUUGGGGAUGAGGAAUAAGCCGGGGGUGGAGACAGCGGGGACCCCAGACUCGGUGUCUGUGUCGGGGAGAGGCCGAGGAGAAAAUAAAGCAAUCAAUGAUCUUGACAGGGACUUUUGGAAUAACAAUGACAGCAGCAAUGUGCAGCAGCGCUGGAGCUCCUACCCACCCAAGGAGUUCCUCCUCAACAUGUCCCCCUACGCACCCUACGGAGACCCUCGCCUCACGCCCAAUUUUGGGGACCCCUCUCUUUCCACCACCUCCACCUUGGAGCAUAUCCCCUCCUCAGCAGCGCGCCCCAGGCCCCUGGUCAGGCAGCAAAGCCUCCAGCAGCCCCUAACCCACCAGCCCCCGCCAGGCCCCAAUGACCCCCCAGCCACCUCCCAGAGUCUGGGCCAACUGCAUACUGGGCCCGGGGGUGGGGGCCACCGGGGGGGCCCGCGGGGGGUGCGUGGUAGCCCGGCUGGGGCAGGGGCGUCCCGCUACAGGUCGGGUGGAGGGGCACGAUCACGUUCCAAUCCUGGAAGCUGGGACCACGUGAUGGGACAGAUCCGGAACAGAGGCAUGGAUGUCAAGUCAUUCCUAGAGGGGAAGAUGGUAGUACUGUCGCUCGCGAUCGGAUUGGUCGAACAAGAUGACUUCGCCGACCUUCCAGAUCUACAGGAGACACCAGCCGACAAGGAAACACCUCCCACUGACAAAAGAUGUAAUAAACACGGCAGCAGCCCUAAAGGUCAGACCCCAGACGAGAGCAGCCGCCGGACAGAUGCUAACUCCUCCGUCUCAGACCUGGCCAACUCCGUCACCAGUGAUAUGCUGAUGUUGUCACCAGGCUCUGAGGAAGAGGAACACGAAGGCCCCGUGUGCGAGAAGCUGGGACGCAUCCAGUUCAGCGUGGGAUACAAUUUUCAGGACUCCACACUGACAGUGAAAAUCCUGAAGGGUCAGGAUCUACCUGCGAAAGACUUCUCCGGCACUUCAGAUCCAUUCGUCAAACUCUACCUUCUGCCAGACAAGAAGCACAAACUUGAGACCAAGGUCAAAAGAAAGAACCUCAACCCUCACUGGAACGAGACCUUCCUGUUUGAAGGGUUCCCGUUUGAGAAGGUGGUGCAGCGCACACUGUAUCUGCAAGUGCUCGAUUAUGACCGUUUCAGCCGCAAUGACCCUAUAGGAGAGGUGUCCAUCCCCCUGAACAAGAUCGACCUGGCCCACAUGCAGACCUUCUGGAAGGAGCUGAAACCUUGCAGUGACGGCAGUGGGAGUCGAGGAGACCUGCUCGUGUCUCUGUGUUACAAUCCCACGGCCAACACCAUCACUGUGAGCAUCAUCAAGGCACGCAAUCUCAAAGCCAUGGACAUCGGGGGAACGUCCGACCCCUACGUCAAAGUGUGGCUGAUGAACAAAGAUAAACGAGUGGAGAAGAAGAAGACGGUGGUGAUGAAGAGGUGUUUGAACCCUGUGUUUAAUGAGUCCUUCCCCUUUGAUGUCCCCGCUCACGUCCUCAGAGAGACCACCAUCGUCAUCACAGUCAUGGAUAAGGACAAGCUGAGCCGCAAUGAUGUCAUAGGCAAGAUCUAUCUCUCAUGGAAAAGUGGCCCAGCAGAGGUGAAGCACUGGAAAGACAUGAUGAGUCACCCGCGCACUGCCGUUGCCCAAUGGCACGCUCUCAAAGCUUGAAGGACCCGCCCACCAAAAGUAAACAACCCCUUCAGAACCCUGUUGAUGUGCACAAGUUUAAACACGGGUACCAAAAGCCAUCCAACUAUCUUUCUUUCUCAUUCUAUGUCCCUCUCCCUCUUCCUCCCUUCUCAUUUUUUUUCCCUGCAGUUAGUUUAUGGAGACCCUUCCUUUAUUAUUCACAGCUUUUAAUUUUUUUUCCCACCAAAAAGAGGCUAAGCACUGCCAAGAAGACUGGGAGAGAAAGUCUUGCGUAACCGAAAGAGGUAAACAGACUCAUCUUCCUUGAGAAAAAAGUUUAACAACUCGGCUGUUCUCUGAACAGCUGGACCGCGCAACAGGGUGACUUCUAUCAUCGCUGAGCUUGAAACGGCUGAAAACUAACUCCCGAACAGACCCCUCUAUUGCCAUGUCUGUGUCCCGCCUCUCUCUGGGCGACCCUCUGACCGUACGGAAAGAUCCAGAAGGAUCGCAACCACAGUGCAAUACCUAGUUGAAGGAGGGAUGAACUUGUGUGUUGGACUUUGUCACCUCUCGAUGUUUUCUCAGAACAGUGUAGAAAUUCACUGGAACUCUUCGUUGUCUGUACGUACUGUGGGUGCUGUUAUGUGACAGAAAAAAGGUCUUGUUUAAAAAAGAAAAAAAGAGAAAUUCUAACUCACUUUAAUUGGUUGGAUCAGUUCAGGUGCGUAGGGGGGAAUCCGUUUGAACAAUCUGAGAACAUUCCAACAAGUGUAGAAAGCGAAAUAGGGACAAAAAAUGUUAGUGGGUCUACGCAAGUACAUGAAUGCAAAAAAAAUCUAUGUUAGCUUGAUUUAAAUGCAUUGUUGGUUUAAAUGCUUCUGGCUUUGUUUCCACCUGGUAUUAAUAUGCGUUUUCAGUGAUCCAAUCACAAGUGGUCAGUCGAAAUUGCAUUACAGUUUACUCCUGCAUUUAAAUGCAUUUUACCAUGCUAACUUGUGCUCAGAUUUCGUCAAAACCCUUCCUUUUUAGUUACUUGAAAUAAAAUAAAUUUUAACUGAUAUAAAAUAAAAUAAAAUAGUACACACACACACACACACAUAUUUAUAUAUAUAUAAAACUUAAACUACAAAAAGCACACAGCAAAAUUACUAAACUAAACUAAAAAUAACUCAAAAUAUUAAUAAAAACUAUAUUAUUCAUGAUGGAAGUGGUCCGAUUGACCUCUGAAAGAAUUUAUUAAAUUAUUAAUGUAAAAUUAAAAUAUGUAUUAAAUUGCAAAAUGCAUGUAAUUUUACUAUAUUUAUUUUUAUUGUAAUAAUAAAACCUUAAAGAUGAUUGUGAUGAGUGUUGUUGAAAGUUAACUUAACCUAAUUUAACUUAAGUACUAAAAUCCAAAAGUUUAUACACCAACUAUUUUCUGACUGAUUAUGAUUAUGUCAUGUAACUGUGAUUUACUAUUAUUAUUCAUAUUGAUAUUAUUUAAAUUAUAUUUAUUUACUAUACACUGAACCCAUAACAUAAAAAUGUUUUAAAUCGGACGUGAUUGUGUCUCAUCACUUUUGUCCUUCAGAGGUUUUGAUAGUAUUCCUUUUACAGCCUCUAAAUCUGAGCGAGUUUCAAGAUGAAAUCGAUGAACAUCUAACGUGAAAAUGAAAUGUAUGUAUCAGUGAAUCGGCGUGCUUUGUUUUGUCUCGUCUAGUUGUGUUAUUGAAAGUAAACAAGCUUGAAAUUUCGUCGACCCCAUUUAAAACUGUGUUUAGUGUCAUCCAAUUGUGAAUGGAUCAACAAAAAUGCAUCUUAAUACCAAGUGUAAACAGGACCUCAGUAACACAAUGCAAGAAACGCAUAGCCAGAGAUGGGCACGGAUACAUCAAAAAGCAUUUUGUUACAAAUACUUGCUCAUCCAAGGUAUUUAAUUAAAAUACAAGUAAUUUGUCAUUUGAAAAUACAAAAAUACCAACAGUCAUUUGAAGUGCACGAGAGAGUGCCACUAUUACAUUUAGUUAUACUGGAGUUAGAUACACAUAUGAGAGAAAGAGAACUGCUUUCCCCUCCUUGAACAACUUAUAAAUAACAUAUUCUUCACCCAUGACACUAGGCUACACUCUUCAUCUCAUUUGUUAAGUUUAAUUUCAUGCUGUUUACAAUUGACUGUUUACACUGAUUUUUGUAUUUAUUAAUUUUUUUCAGUUGGAAAGAGUUAAAGGGUUAGUUUACUCAAAAAAUUUAAAUUCUGUCAUUAAUUACUCACCCCGAUGUUGUUCCAUACCUGUAAGACCUUCGUUCCUCUUCCGAACACAAAUGAAGAUCUUUUUGAUGAAAUCCAAGAGCUUUCUGUCCCUCCAUAGGCAGCAACUGGCACAUUCAAAGCCCAGAACGGUAGGAAAGACAUCUUUAAAGCACUUCAUGUGGUUUAUUAAGCAAAGCAAGUACUUUGUUUGCACAAAAAAUAAUAAUUUACAACGUUAUAAAAAUUAUGAUCUGCAUUGUGCGAUCACAACGCAUUUGUUGAAGUGUCAACACAGCAUACAUGAGUGAGUGUUCACUAGAUACCACGACACAUGUUUAGAUAAUAUUUUCGUAAAUAAAAUGGUAAAUUAUGGGUUUUUUUUUUUUGCCAAAACAAAGCACUCACAUCACUCCGUAAAAUUUAAGUUAAACCUUCCUUGCAUAAGUUGCUUGGCUGACUGCAAAAGGACAGAAAGCUCUUGGAUUUCAUUAAAAAUAUCUUCACUUGUUUUCCGAAGAUAUAAAAAGAAGAUGCAUGCACUGUGAUUUUCGUCCAAUUUUGAGCCGAACUUCAGCGUUGUCAUGCGUCUUUCAAUAUGUAGUGUACAGGGGGUAAUGAGAGGCGAUUCGGCAAUCAGAUGGUUGGAUUAAUUUCUGGCAUGUGGUUUGGACAGAAGUGAUGGAGGCUACACAGUUCUGGGUUCGGGGGAUCAUGCAUGUUUAUUUUGCACGUAUAGUAUGAGCAUCUCAACGAACAGACCAUAUUGUGUAAGCACAUAAUUCCUGAGCUUUGGCUUGACAUUGCAUGCGAUUAACUCAUACCGUGAGAGUUGGUAUUUAACCGAUAGACUGCUGAAAUUGGACCGUGUAUGGCCGGUCUUACGAGAGUAACAAAACAAGUUUGAGUUAUUAACAACAGCAUUUUCAUUUUUGGGUGAACUAUCACUUUAAGAGAGAUAUUGUAUUAUCUAAGAAUAAAGUGAUUAAGUAGUUAAUGUAUUUCAAAUACAAAAUUCUGUCUCUCAAUGUAUUCAAUGUACAAAUUACAUUAGAUUUUUUUUCCCAGCUAAAUACAAAUGACGAAAUACUCAAAACUAAUUAAAUAUGUAUUCUAAAUACAUUUAAUUAAAAUACUGUCCAUCCCUGUGCGUAGCAUUAGCAGUGUUACGACAAAGAGGCACUAUGGUCAGUUUCCGGUUUCGCAUGCGGUUUAUUGGCACAAAGAUCUGUCGCCCCCUUGAGGUUUUUAUACCACUACAGAUAUCAGGACAGCAUGCUUGGCCAAAGCAUUUGUGUACUUGCGUAGAGUACUAUACUGAUUUUUCAUAGAAAAGAUAGGUGAGAUAAGAUACGAGUGUCUGAAGCCUGUGUGUCGGUUUAUACGCCUUUGUGAUAAAAGCAGAACCACAGAAAUCCUUUUAUAUGAACUAGCUUUCCUCAUGUAACAUACACAUCUUGCAGAGGAUUGCAUCAACCACUGAACCAGUAUGCAAUGACACUGCCAAUGUGAGUUCAACGCUGCCAAAACGCACUUCAUCUCUUUUCUUUUCCAAAAGGGCUGAAGAAGUUCUUAGUGUCCCUCCAAAAUAAGACGUGCAAUUUAGAACCUAAAGAAAAAGAGCUGAAGCAGGAAAAUAAAACGCAAGUCAUGUGA